AUGGGUCGUUCGCGUGUCCUCGAGCAACGUUACUCCAGUGAACAUAACCCCGGCAGACACACCACCUCGGUGGCAAACGCCUCCCCCGAUACCAAUACACCCUCCCCACCAACCGAAUUAUCCCCUGUUAGCGCUGGACCAAGAGGAGACGGAAGUGCCUCACGACCGGCAUCCAUGAUCUUCUCGCGCAAUCCGCCUCUUAUGCAACAGUCGGGCGAUACCCCGCCGGAGUUAUCACCUAUCUUCUCAUUUCUCAACAUCCACACAAACAAGGUCUACCAGGAGGGAUAUUUUUUGAAAUUGAAUGAUCUGGACUCUCAUGGGCGAGCUUGCGGUGAUCGGCAAUGGGUGGAAUGCUACGCGCAACUAGUCGGAACCGUUCUUUCGUUAUGGGACAGCGCUGCGCUGGACGCAGCAGGCGGAGAAGAGGUCCCGGCGACUUUUAUCAAUCUAGCUGAUGCAUCCCUUAAGAUGAUCGAAACCCUCCCGAUCCGAAAUGGAACUGUGCAACCGUUGAAGAACGUACUCAGUCUAUCAUCCGCGGGCAAGAAUCGAUACCUUUUGCAUUUCAACUCUUUCCACUCCCUGAUCCAAUGGACAGCGGCUAUUCGCCUCUCGAUGUUCGAGCACACGUCUUUGUACGAAGCUUACACCGGUUCUUUGAUUGCGGCGAAAGGAAAACAUCUCAACGGAAUCAACUCAAUCCUCGCACCCACCAAAUUCAGAUAUGAGGACUGGGCGCGUGUGCGAUUCGGAGCAGGAACUCCGUGGAGGCGAUGUUGGUUUGUGAUCAGCCCGCCUGACGAGAAAGAGAUGCAGAAAGCGCGGAAGACGUUGAAGAAAUCGGCAUAUGAUCGCUUGUCAAUUCCUGUCACCGGAAACAUCAGGUUCUACGAGACAAAGAAGACGAAAAAGGCGAUACCUAUUGCAACUGUCACGCAAGUGUUCUCGGCACACGCGAUCUAUCCGCAGUCCAAGGCUUUGAUCGAUACAUCGACCCUGGUGAAAAUGGAAGGCCGAAUCACCACCCAUUUACCCGAAUCAUCUUCCGAAGGAAUUGUUUUUAUCAUGCCUGAGCCGCAUGCUGCAGUCUCUGGAUUCGAGAUGAUGCUGCGCUUCCUCUUCCCCAUAUUUGACACCUUCAAUCUCUAUGGCCGUCCUACUCGCUUGGUCGCAGACACCAAUCACAUCAAAAGUAUCAUGUUUGCUUUCCCCAAGGAGCGGCGCUACGGCUACCUCGAUGUUUUGGAUAUUGCUGGCCUCCUACAAACCCCUGGCAGCCUAGAAUGGACCGAAGCUCAGUGGAGGAAACAACUCAAAGAGGCAACGCAGCGUCGAAUCUCAUCUGGCAGGAGUAGAACCAACAGUGUCACCAGCGCGCGGCCCCGUUAUCGUUCCAUCUCUGGACGGAACAGUGACGUCCCUAUUGAUCCUACACGCCGCCCGUUUGCUGCUAUCGAGACAAAGCCCCAGCUCAACAACUCUACUGAGGCAAUUAUCCACGAAGUCCCGAAGGAUGGCUUCCCCGUCGUGUACCACAACCGUGGAUUUUCUGACACCACAGGCUUCAAUUCUGGACCUAGAUUGAGCAACGGAGCUCUGGCUGAGAGCUCACCCGAUUCCUCUUCACAAGAUCUGGCGCACCGCGGGACCCCGGCCGUAGCUCCUAUUGCAGAGAGCACCGGCUCCGAAAGCGACCCCAAUCUUGAAACUUUGCGUGGCCCGGCAGUCGAAGAGCAGCUUCCGCCACGAACCCCACCUGCCCCUGUUGGAACCCCGCCUGAAUUUUCGCAUGGACCCAGAGAAAUGCCUGCCAAUCGCCCGGAGGCGUCUUCGGAGCAGAGAUUGGCCAACAACCGGAUGUCUCACGCCACACUUUCUCAGCUCGCCUCGGUUGGGACUAUGGGACUCAGUGCGGCGGCCGCUAGUGCUGCAUGGAAAAGCCAGCAACAGCAAAACAAGAACAAUCAACCACCCCAGGAAAGGAGUGCUGACAAUGUUUAUCUCCCUGGCCCUGUAGCAUCUACCAAGUCACUUGGACACUCAUCGAGUGACGAGGGUAUCGCUCUUGCGCUCCCGGUUCGGCCUCCUGCGGCCCCGGAGCAUCGCCCAAACACGCCCAGUACUAACGGCAGUCCAUCCUCCCAGCCGGUUUCCUACCACAACUCCCCGCAGCGCUCUUCUCCCCAGCAGAUGGGGCAUGAUCCCCAAAAGUCUGUGCGACGCAAGCCACUUCCGCAACGAGACCUCUUCGGGUCGCAGAGUCAACAGGAUGAACCAAGCUACGACGACCUUCGCCAUACUCUGGACGAAGAUGUACUGAAUUCAAUUGCUCCCCACGUCACAUCCCUCCCAUCGCCAAUAUCACCAACCAGAAACGACGAUGAGAGCAUUUAUGACAAUGCGUCUACAGUCUCGCCUGACUACGCUAGCACACACGAUUCUGUUUAUAGCAAGAAGUCUGCUUCGUCCACGAAGCCCAGAAUGGGUGUUAUGAAGACCGUGGGGGUUCCGGCUGCUAAGGAACUUGUCAUUGGAGAUGCCCAUUAUACCAUGGACAAGCCCCCGACAUCGAAUCCAGACAUUCCUAGUGUAGAUUUCGGCCCAACCAUGACUUACAUGCCUACCACUGGACGUCCAAACACAUCGGACACCCUGCGAAACCACCAACGGAAAGACUCGGCGGGAACCAAGCUUUCUAUUCCUACUCAUCAAAUGGACCAGGCUAAUAAUGCUCGGCCCUCCAGCCGAGAGGAAUACCGACGCAGUGUGUUGUGGCAACCUGGAAUGGCUUCUGGCCGCCCUGUCACUCCGGGCGGUGGUCUCACCCCGGAGCAGUAUGUACAGCAACGCGCUGCACCCAGUCCUCCAAUGCAUGCCCACAGCCGUACUCUUUCCAACCCCAUGCUAGCACAACGCCCGGCGUCCGGGGAUUGGACUCAGUAUGCCCGUCCGAACUCGCCCAUGAAUCCUCAGCGGGAUCCUAAUUACCGACCUUCAUCUCGCGGUGCUCAAAGUAUGCUCAACUACAACGAUCACUCGUCCCAUCUAUCUGCCCGUGAACAAGAGCACGUUGCCCGCAUGACUGGAUCGUCGUUCUUCAAUAUGUCAAACGAGAACCGGAAACCGCAGACACAAGUGAACCCCAUGGGUCUUGUAUCGGCGAUUGAUGCCCGCGAGCGUGAGAAGCGCGAAAUGAGGGAGGGUAUGUCAAACCAGAUGGUCCAACAGGCCAUUGCCCAGCGCCAGCAGAAUCUGAACUACCAACCACCCGUGAUGCACCAGCAACAGUGGGCGCCCCAGCAGUUCUCACCUCAGCCAAUGCUGCCUCAGCAGACUGGCUCUGUGUACCUUCCUCAACAUGGUCGUCAGGAGUCCAUGUACAACAUGCCGGCGGCCAACCACACCUGGGAUGCUCUCAACCAGCCGGCUCGUCCAGAUGUGCCGCGCCGUUCAUCGUGGUACGGCCAGCUAUCCCAAGCACCGCAAACACCACCCGCCUACCAGCAAACUCAGGCUCAUGCUCCCGAUCCGCGGUAUUACAAUUAUGCUCAGUGA